AUUUCUAUAUUUUUUUAAACGAUUUUCGUAAAUUUAGUGAUAAAGAUUAGAUAAAGAUAAUAGCAAAUUCAAACCAUCUGCAACUUCCGCAGUCGUUCCCGCUGGAAAUCUGCUGUCGAAAUUUAGGAGGCUCGGAAAGAAAACCGUUAGAUACCGAAAUUCAGUAACGGAUAGGCUUUUAAUCCUCCAAAUGGACCGGCAAGAUUCUACCUAACCGGAACGCCUGUAUCUGUUUACCCGCAACACAAUGGAUUCGGUGCAGAUGAUCUCACACAUCGAGAAAUCGCUCAACUACUCGGUGUACGACGUGAAAUGGAUUCCCUGCACGGCCAAGUUCGUCGCGAUCGGAUCGAAACCGAAAGGCACCGGAGCUCUACAGAUCUUUGAACUCAACCGUGGAACUCUGGAGCUGGUGAAGGAGUCGGAAAAAGACAAAUCGCUCAAAUGUUGCUCGUUCGGAGCUUCGAAACUCCGUGCGGCACACCUUGCCGUGGGUGAUUUCGCCGGCAAACUUUCCCUCUUCGACCUCGAAAGGUUGGACGCACCGCUGUAUGAAGUGGAGGCGCACGAGGGGAUCAUCAACUCGCUGGAUGCGAUCGGUGGUUCGACGAUCAACUGUGGAGCCCCGGAGAUUGUAACAGGUGGGCGCGAUGGAUCGGUCAAGGUAUGGGAUCCUCGGCAACGCGAUUCACCGGUCGCACACAUCAGUCCGGCUACCGCGGAUCCAAGUGAGCGACGAGACUGCUGGGCCGUCGGUUUUGGCGAUUCACACAACACCGUCGAGCGGAGCGUUUGUAGCGGAUACGAUAAUGGUGAUCUGAAGCUGGUAGAUCUGCGCAAUUUGCGGCUACGGUGGGAAACGAAUGUAAAGAAUGGAGUCUGUUCGUUAGAGUUUGAUCGGAAGGACAUUCCCAUGAACAAACUGGCCGUUACGACGCUAGAAGGCGGUUUGCAUGUCUUCGAUAUGCGUACCCAGCACUCCCAGAAAGGAUUCUCGUCCGUGCGCGAGAAGACGGUUGGCCAAGCGCUCGGCACCAACGGAGUCAUUAGUGGCGCCAAAUCGACGGUCUGGACGGUGAAGCAUCUACCUCAAAAUCGAGACAUUUUCGUAACUGGCGGCGGGUCCGGCAAUGUGCGAAUAUGGCUUUAUCACUAUCCGGAAAAGCGCAGCCAUGAUCACACGGAUGGCGAGAAGCUGGGUGUCGCCGGGACACUAGAGAUGUUGCAUGCCACGACCAUUUCUACGCAGCCGGUUCACACCUUUGACUGGAGCCCAGAUCGUCAGGGAUUGGCUGUUUGCGGAUCGUUCGAUCAAACAGUGCGCGUACUGAUAACUACCAAUCUUAAUCUACAUUAACUCGCCUCAGUGCCUGCCGAUGCGGCAUAAAUUUAUUUUAAUGUUAAUAUACGCAAAAAUGACUCUUCCUUUCAUCGAUUU